AUGUCUGUUGUGGUUAAAACGUGUUCAAAAUUCCAAAGGUUGUAUUUGCCUCAUUUCGUCCACGAUUAUAAUGUACUAGAUACUUCAUUGAUACCUAGCACAUCACAAUCGUCGGAUCGAGUGAGGACAGCAAUUAAGCCACAACAUAUUAGGCCAAAGACUACGGAAAUAGAUGGUGACACAGUUAGGAAUGAAGCUUUAUAUUCUUCCAUUAUUGGGGCAGUGCUUAAACAUCCUGCUUUGCCUAAAACACCACCACCACCACCUACUACAACACCAUCAGUGACUAACACAUUUUGCACCUAUUUGAUUGAAACAAAGAAAGAUUUACCUAAUAAUUUAAAAAUUCAAUUGGAAGAGGAUAUAUUAGCAUUGGUGUUUGCUGCAAAAAAAAAGCACCGUUCAAAAGAUUAG